CUCUGUCUCCAUAUAUAUAUUAAGAGAGUAUUAGUUGUGGUUGAAUAAUCUGAUAUGUGAGUGGAGAAAAACAGAAGAAAGUGCUGGUUUUCUUUGAAAGAUCAUAAUUGAGAAGAGUUUAGUUGGAAGAAAGCAGAUAUGGGGAAAGGAAGAGCUCCGUGUUGCGAUAAAGACAAAGUGAAGAGAGGUCCAUGGAGUCCCCAAGAGGACUUGAGGCUUAUCACUUUUAUUCAGAAACAUGGCCAUGAAAACUGGAGAGCUCUCCCUAAACAAGCUGGGCUACUGAGAUGUGGAAAGAGUUGCCGUUUAAGAUGGAUUAAUUACCUGAGACCAGAUGUCAAAAGAGGGAACUUCAGCAAAGAGGAAGAAGAAACUAUAAUAAGAUUACAUGAGACUUUGGGAAAUAAGUGGUCCAAAAUUGCAUCACAUUUAGCGGGAAGAACCGACAAUGAGAUAAAGAAUGUGUGGAACACUCAUUUGAAAAAGAGAUUGGCUCCAAAGAAUGGGAAGAUUCCUCAAAAUGAUCAAUCCAAAGAAACUUGUAUGGUCUCAUCAUCAUGCUCUUCCAUUACAUUUGUGUCAUCACCAUGUGGCAAAAGAAACUUAGAGGUUGAACUUGAGCAACAAUGGCAUGAAGGGUCUCCAAGCAAAAAGCCCAGAGAGGGAUUUCCUGUAUCAGACAAAGCAGAAGCCUUCAAAACUGAGGUACCAAGCCAUAACAGCGGCCCAUUUGAGGAACCAAAAGAGUUUCCAAGUUCAUCAAUCUCUUCCAGCAACUCCAACAUCACCAAUUCCAGUCAGGUUAAUGUUCCAAACCCGGAAAAUCAUGGAGAUUCACUGUUAAACUUCAUUGGAGUUUAUGAUUGGGAGAACAACACAUCAGAGGAAGUGAACAAACCAGAGAUCCUAAAUAAUGCAUUUGAUAUCCCAUUGGAGUCUGAUUCAGACUUUUGGGACAUGUUGGAUAGCUUAGGAUCAUUCCAGCCUGAUGAGAUCCAAUCAAAUGAAGUUGAAGGCAACCAGAGCCCAGAUUUUGGAGAAGAAUACAGCAAAGAAAAUGAAAAUAACAAGUGGUUGCAGUACUUGGAAAUUGAACUUGGUCUGGAAGUAACCAAAAAUGAAAAUCAUAACAAUUUGUCAAACACCGCUGCUGAGCCACUGGUUCCUGAGAUGUAUGACAUGCUACUGAAGCCAUAAGCUGAUAUGGGCAUAAGUGAUUAUCACAUUCUGAAUCAAAUUCAAAACUGCAGUUUGACUAUACUUUUGUCAUAAAUUUAGUAGGCUUUCCUAACUUGAUCCAUUAAAUUAGGUCUUUUAGAUGUAUGAUAGAUUAAACUUUAAAAAUAUAUAUUCAUCUCAUCUUUUAUCA